ACGUAACACAUCAUUCAGAUUUGUGGUGCCUUUGGUAGAGCUAGCUGGCAAAUACUCUAUAAAAUUGUUCUUAUAUUAUACAAUAUGCUAAGACUAACUUUACUCGUCAUUUUCGUCGCUUCUGCUUCGGCAGUUUCCGUCAUCUUUGAAGAUGGACCUUGUCCACAAUUCAAACCAAUGUCAAACUUUGAUUUCAAUGCUUAUGGCGGUACCUGGUAUGAGAUUGCUAAAUUCCCCAACCCCUCUGAGGAAGGUGACAAGGCAAAAUGUACUCUGAUAGAGUACUUCGUGAGGGACUUCAGAGGAAAGAUGAAGUUCACACACGUGGUAGAUGGAGUAAGGAAAUACAUUGAAGGAGAUCUUACACAGGUUUACCCAGGACAUGGAAAAAUUAUGUACACGUACACAUUCGGAGGUAAAUCCAAGAACACCUACCUCUACGUUAUGGACACUGACUACAAUAACUACGCAGUUGCCUUCAGCUGCAGAUACUUCAAGGACAGUGACAAACACCAAUUGCUCUCGUGGAUCCUGUCCAGAAACAAGGUAUUGGAAGGCAACGCGCUCGCCGCCGUCGACAAAUUCCUUGCAGCUAACUCAAAGUUAAUCAACACAUCUUACUACGUACAAAACGAGCAUACAAAUGAGGCCUGCAAAGCAAGGACUACAGAGGAGAUAACUGAAUUCUUAAAGAUCUACCAGACCAACCCAAACCUAAUUGACUAGAUUAAUAAAAACUUUCUUUUAACAAUUACGUUUACUUAACAUAAAUAAUAUGUUUCAUUUAUAUAGCAGUUUUAAUUUUAUGAUUUGAAUAAAAUAAUCAAGUUUAUUUGUUCUUACUUGAACUUAAAUUUAAGUAGAAUAAUACAUCCAUUAAUAAAGCACUAUACACGUUCAGUUUUACUUAGCAAUUAUAGGACGUGUACAGCUGGCUUUACAAAUUGUUAAUGUAAAGUAUCACAUAAUGUAUGCAUAUUUUAAGCAAACAUUCGAAUCUGACUGUUGACAUAAAUCUGUGAAAUAAAUUUAUAAAUAUGAAA